GUUCUAAACCUAGCCCAAGAGAGGGAGCGCAAGGAGUGAGCGCAUCUGAGUGAGCAAACAGAACUAGAAACAAUAGGUGCAUUUUUACUCUAUCGAACGUCGCUUUUGAAAGACUGUCACUUUUACUGCCCUGGAGCCAUCUUUCCAGCCUUGUAGUAUAACGCCCUCGAUCCCCGCUUGAAAACUCACACACGGUCGUGUCAGCUGGCAUGAGCUAACCCACCAGACAUGGAAACCAAACCUUUCUUGUCAUUGGGGUUCCUGAAGCCCCAGUGCUCGCUGGCUCCGCCCCCCCAGCGAGGACGCUCAGGGGAGGCCUGCUCCUGUUUCACCGGCAUGUGUCACCUCCACCAGCGCCGGAUAUCUACAGGUAACACGCAACGUCAUCUCCACAUCCCCUCGCCAUCUUCCCCGUCAUGGCAGACUCAGCACCUGGGAAGACACCUGUAUGAAAUAAAUUCAUCAGGUCAGGUGACCUCGUCUCCCCUGGGCUCUCCCACGUCCCACCGGGGCAUGCACCCAUCCCUGCUCAGCCCGUCCUCCAUGGGGCCCUCAGGCUCCCUACACUCUCCCAUCAGCACCCUGAGUUCUCCCAUGAACGGCCUGGGCUCACCCUUUUCUGUCAUCAACUCCCCCAUGGGCCCACACUCCAUGUCCUCGCCCGGCAUGGGCUACGGCCCCAGUGUCAGCCCCCAGAUGUUCCAGCUGAACUCUCAGAUGAACUCGGUCAGCAGCUCGGAGGACAUCAAGCCCCCGCUGGGUCUCAACGGGGUGAUGAAGGUGCCCGCCCAGCCCUCCCAGGGGUGCAUGCCUCUCUCCCUCACCAAACACAUCUGUGCCAUCUGCGGAGACCGCUCCUCAGGUAAACACUAUGGAGUGUACAGCUGUGAGGGCUGUAAAGGCUUCUUCAAGAGGACAGUGCGGAAGGACUUGACCUACACCUGCCGCGAUAACAAGGACUGUCUGAUUGACAAGCGCCAGCGCAACCGCUGCCAGUACUGCCGCUACCAGAAGUGUCUGGCCUGUGGAAUGAAGAGAGAAGUUUUGUUACACGCAGCCGUCCAGGAGGAGCGCCAGCGGGCCAAAGAGCGCAGUGAGAACGAGGUGGAGUCCACCAGCAGCGUCAACGAGGACAUGCCCGUGGAGAAGAUCCUGGAGGCCGAGCUUGCUGUGGAACCCAAGACAGAGACCUACAUCGAGACCAACCUGGGCAUGCCAUCGAACUCGCCCAACGACCCGGUGACUAACAUCUGCCAAGCAGCCGACAAGCAGCUCUUUACACUAGUGGAAUGGGCCAAGAGGAUCCCCCACUUCUCUGAGCUGCCCCUGGACGACCAGGUCAUCCUCCUACGAGCAGGGUGGAAUGAGCUCCUCAUCGCAUCCUUCUCACAUCGUUCGAUAGCGGUGAAAGAUGGGAUCCUCCUAGCAACAGGGCUACACGUCCAUCGUAACAGUGCCCACAGUGCUGGAGUGGGAGCCAUUUUUGACAGAGUGCUCACAGAGCUGGUGUCCAAGAUGAGAGACAUGCAGAUGGACAAGACAGAGCUGGGGUGCCUUCGAGCCAUCGUCCUCUUCAACCCAGACUCUAAAGGCUUGUCAAACCCAGGUGAGGUGGAGGCUUUGAGAGAGAAGGUCUACGCCUCUCUGGAGGCCUACUGCAAACAGAAAUACCCAGAUCAGCCUGGCAGGUUUGCCAAGCUGUUGCUGCGGUUACCAGCCCUGCGCUCCAUUGGUCUGAAGUGUCUGGAGCACCUGUUCUUUUUCAAGCUCAUCGGGGACACGCCCAUCGACACCUUCCUCAUGGAGAUGCUAGAGGCGCCCCACCAAAUUACAUAACUGCAGGCGUGGCGUCGCCCAUGUUCCCCUUGCCCCCUCUGCCUCUAACCCCUCUGGACACGGAGGGUGGUCCUGCAAACCACUCCCCCUCAAGUGAUUAUGUGACAUCAUUGGAUCUAGAGAAGUCCCCCCUCUUUGAUGUGUUUCAAAAAACAAGUUCAAUGUCCAUGGGUCUGUUUUAUACAUUGUACAAAUAUAUAUAUAUAUAUAACUCAUGAGAUGAAUUAAAAGACAACGAUGGGACUGGUGAUGAAAUGGGCCAAGGAGAAAGGAAGUGUUUUAAGCCAUUGUUUUGUAACGUGAAACAACAACCAAGAAGAUCAGGUGUUAAAGGUAGGUCUGUUUGCAAGUGUAUUUUCAACUGUGGCGGUUUCAUCAGCAGCGUAGUAAUUGGGACAAUCGUGUUUUGGACUUGUUGAAGAGAGGCGGGGCUGCAUGGGCAGUCCCUGGCUCUGUUCGGAGGCGUCUCACUUUCAGGACUAACUUAAGGGAGAUUGGUACGUUUGCAGAGGGGAGUAACGAAGCCCGGUCAUGUCCGGUCCAAUCCGUUCAGGUGUUGUCCAGUUUAAUCCGGUCAGGUCCGGUUGGGUCUGUUUCGAGGUGUACUGUAUGUGUAUUGGGAGAGAAGGACUCAGAGGUGGGACCAUGCAGAUGAACAGUGCUCCACUCAGGUCCCUCAACCCAAACUCAGCCGCUUCUCCAUGUCUCCUUAUUCUAUUAGCACUGUGUGAACAUGUGGAGGAGAGACGCUACGUCGCUACAUCGGUCUAGUAUUCAGAGGCUCAGAUAGCUUUAGUGACUGAUUGGAGUGAAAGCCUGCAGUGUGGCCCCUUAGGACCAGAGCUGGAUGACCUUCAUGUGGCCUGAAAAAGCUUUUCUCUGGAACUACUCAUUCUGUUGUACUGUACUGACAUUAGGGGUAGUGUGUAUCUGGAUUCACCCUCACAUAAGCCCUAUACUACAUGUGCAUUACUGUGUGCUCUGGAAGGUUGACACAGGAAGAAAAGGAAAGCAAACAGAUUAACAUCCUCAUCGCUCUACUACAAGCAUUUUUCCUGUCUGUGUUAAGGUGACAACAAAAUGAAGAAGAAAAGGACGAAUGGUUUGUAGGGAAAUACAGUCAGCUGAUUUGAACUUUUUAAAGUGAUGCCACGUCUUUGUCAUGCCAUGUGUCCCUCCACCUCUGAGACCAUUUGUUUCUGCUCCUUCCCUACUUCUGUGAAUUACAGCACACCAUAAUCAACCUCCACACAGCAACCAAGCAUGCUGUUCCUCAUGGUGUAACCUAGCUUUAGAAUGGCCUUUGACCUGUACAGGAUAUUUUUAUUUUGCAAAACAAUUUGCAAUUACCUCUGUUUUCAUCCCUCAAACUCUCAGUUCCCCCCCCCACCCCCUCUCCCCAGACAGCCCCAUGUCAAACAGUUCAUGGGAGAAGUGCUUCAAUGCAGUCAUGUUUAUGGUGAGAUGUUCUCUUAUUUCUUGACACUUUACCUCUGUAUUGUGGAGCCCAUGCUACUCCAUUGCGAGCUCUGGCCCAGACCAUCCACUCUGACUGGAGGAUGUGGGCCUGGUGAAGAGACAGAGACCCUUGACUGCUCCACUGCCCAGCCUCCCCUCACCGGAAUCCACACCCUGCACUUCUCUGGACAACCCAGUUUCAUUUAAGUUUAAGUCAAACUGAAAUGUUAAAUAUGUAACAUUAUGUAUAAAUCUGCUAUAUGCCCAUAUUGCGCAUUUUUUUAUUUAUAUGCUGCAGCUGCUGCAUAACUAUGCAUCAAGCAUUUUUCCAAAGAUUGUCCAUAGAUAGUGCAGUUUCGUUCUUAUUAUAAAGGGGUGGUUAAACCCUGUCUUGUAGAACAGCAGACUGCUUUGGAUUUCCAUCAACUCUAGCAGAGCUCCAGGACCAAGUUUAGCAGCCCACAUGAUAGCAGACUAGAGAGAGCUAGAGAGAGACUAAAACAUUUGCUUUGAGAUAGAGGGGUUAACCAGCGAGAAUAGGGAACCUGGUGGCUAUGGGAGAGCUGUGACUUCCCCCUAGUGGAAGAGAUGCACAACUGCUACAUUACUUGAAUUUUGUACAAGUAUUUAAUCAGAAAAGGCACUUUUUCAUGACAUUAUCAAUAUUCAUUUUCCUCUUUGGUCAGACAAAAUAUCAAUUGAAUAAGUAGCAAUAACCACAGCAGGAUUGAUUGACACAUCCUUAGUCCAAAUCUAGUUAAUGUAUUUUAGUGAGGUGAAUUAAUUUUCAUUAGGUCUUAUUUUAAACUAUUCAGGAAACAGAAAUGACUGCCGUGUUCAGGCCAAUUCUGUCUAAACAGUAUUUUUAUCUGGACUAAAUGGUAAUUGUCAGUCAGGGAAAAACUACUGAAAAUGAAUUGGCUCAUUGUUCAAAUGAUUCCAUCUUAAGCACUAGGAAAGGUAGUUCUCUGGAAAUUGCAUUCUCUGGAACAUGAGGUCAAAUCAGACUGCCACCCCAACUAAAAGUUCAGAAAAAUAACCACAUUUUGAUUAUUCAUUAAUUUGCAAACGGUUAUCCAACUUUUUAAAUGUACACCUAAUCCGCUCUCUUGUGUAUGAUGUCUCCUUUCUGAGCUUGAUCGGGUUAAUGUGAUUUAAGACCCCAGGUAUAUACUGUACGUAAAAGCCAUACGCAGAUGUGCAAGCUCACUCACUCCUGCAGGAAAUGGACAGAAAAGGGUCCUCUGGACUGACAUGAUUACUUAGAUAGAAUAAAUAGCUAAGAAAAAUGCUUCAUACACCAUAAAGCUCUAUUUUGUCUAUAUGUAUAUGUGUAUAUAUUUAUAAAUAUAUAUAAAUCUGUUCCGUAUGUGUGUCCAGUCAAUUUUAGCAAGAGGGAGACAAGUAUUUCAUUUGAAACUAUUCUGAGCCAGGACAGAUUCCAUAGUGUUAUACGCAGUAGUUUUUUGGUGUAAAAAAACUUUUUUGCAUUCAACCUUGAGUCUCUAAAAGUAAAUCAACCAGCAGAAUACCAGCAGCUCAAAGCCCUAAGAGAAGGUCCCUCACCAGCUAACAGCAGUUAUAUAUGGGACCUGAAAACAUAGCAAAAAACCUGGUUAAUACACUCAAAAGACAUGAAGCCCUCCAAAAUCGAUUGCUAGGCUACUUGUAUGUUCAACAAUGUUAUCAGGAUAUGCUGAGCUCAUGACACAAUCACUGCUUUCUUUGUUGCAUAAACAGUAAAAUGUAAUGAAAAAAAACACAAAAAAAUAUAUUUUUGUACAAACAUAAUUGUAUCCCUUGCAUAUGUACUCUGUCCCCCCUCCCUUUUCCUCAAGUGGGCUGUUGUAUACAUUGUUUCAGUUAAUGUUGAUUUGAACUGGGGCAGAAAAAAAUCAGACCGUGAAUGGUCAGGGUGAGGAGUGGUUGGCAAUGACACCCUGAUAACUGUCAUCUAUACUUUGUGGCUUUUUUGGCCUAUCGCUACAAGAUGGGAUUGUCCUCUAUUAUAUUUGUCGAUUUUUAGGGAGAUGGAAAACAUCAUCUGUUCUUUGUGGGUUAUCUGAUGUUCUUUCAUGGAAAGAAAAAAAUUGAAAUCUCAAAUUAAAUCUUGUUGAUGCUC